UAUGAAAAAGGUAAUAAUGAUAUGAAAAAUGUAAGGAGAUAUAUGGUAAAAGCAACAACAUGUGUGAACAAAACUUAUAAUUGAAGUAGAAGAAAUAAGAGUUAAAUAGCAAUUUACUCUAAAUAAACUGAGAGCGAAUAAUAGAAGGAAGAAAGCAAAGGAAAAAUAUUGAUAAACAAAUAACAUAAGCUUGGAAUAUCCAAGAGACAGGCUAGGAUUAAAAUAAAAAAUGGAUUAGAGAAUUAUUGGCAGGGUAGAAUAGAAAGUAAAAUAAAAU